AUGACCGACCACACAGACAACGUCUCUGUCGACUCCCCCCACAGCCCGCCCUCCUUUCGCUCGCGCAGCAGCACCAAGGUCGUCGACGAUGUCACCAGCCUGACCUCUUUCAAUCCUUUCUCCGAGGAGGAUGAACACGACCAGUCUUCUUACGCUCUCGUCACCUCUCUCUUCUCCAAGGUCAAGAAUACCCUUUCCGCGCCGCUGUCCGCCGCGGGGCCGUCCACAGCGCCCGCGCAUCCUAGUACAUUCUCGGGGAACACUGUUCCGGAGCAACGCCGGCCGUCUCUCAACUACUCGGGCUCUAAUCAGUCAAACAAAUCCGGUCCAGAGAGACCAACACCAUUCAGUAUCAAUGUCUCAAACCCUGCCCCGCCGCUAGUUUCCCUCACACCUGUCGUUUCCGAGACCCCAUCCUACACAGGAGAGUACGAUCGACCACCAUCUCGGGGAACAGCAUACACGGAGAUCUUGGACGGGGGCGGGUACGCCAUCCCAGGAUUCCCCAUCCAAGACAGUGAUGCACGGAGCAUUCGAACCAACGGGAGCUUCGUGAGGUCCGCAUCCGUGUCCAAAGUCAUUCGCAGGAUUCGGGGUGAAGGACUGUCUCGCGAGUAUUGGAUGGACGACGAGCUCUGCAAGGAGUGCUAUGACUGCAAGAGCGUCUUCACCACUUGGCGACGGAAACAUCAUUGUCGGAUUUGCGGUCAAAUCUUCUGCUCCCGCUGCGCCUCUAAUAUCAUCAAAGGUGCACGCUUCGGCCAAGAAGGCAUGGUCCGAAUAUGCAACCUGUGUCUCGACAAGCUCGCCAAAGUGGAUGACGACGAGGACGAAGAUGACCGUCGCUCUAUCAUGUCGUCCAUGACUUCGCCAUUCGCAGCUCACCAGUUUGGCGGAGAGUCUCGUUCGCUCAAUCUCUAUGCCCAUCCACAGUCGCCGUUCGCCGCAUCCCAGCUCUUCGGGCGCACCGAUGAGCCGUUCAACCUCUUCUCCAUUGCUGAAACCAGGGGGACAUAUGCGGGUUCUGAAGAUAGCGGUUUCGGCUCACGCCCCAUGACGCCCAUGGACGGAUAUGCCACCGCUAGGUUCAUGCGCGAGAACCCCGUUCCUUUCCGCAGGGCGCUGACCGAGGAAGACAAGGACACUCUCUCCAUGGCUGAUAAAUUCCAGCGCGACAAUUCGCCUGUAGCGGGAGGAUCGAAUUCACCAAUCGAGUUUCCGGUAACGGUCCCGGUGUCAAUGGAGGGAGCGACCAGCUCUGUUCAGUUCCCGGUCGGUUCGCCGGAGCACCCGUCUGGCGUCGAAAGCGCGGGGGUGUUGCGCUCGCGCUUCAACUCUUAUGCAGACUUCGAGGGCUCUCCCCCCUUCAUUCGCAGCCGAGUGCAGAGCCGCCUCGGAGAUAGCUUCAGCGUCGGUGCAUUUGGCGAACCCGGGUGGCGUACAAGGCGGGAAAGCACUGCCUAUGCUCAAGAGUUGAAUCUAAUCUCCAUGUUUCAUCUGCGUAUCAUGCUCCGUCAGAUGCUCACGGCUGAAGAUAUCCCCAACAUCCGCGAAUGGGAGGAGACCUUGCUGAAGCUUGCGCUGCGGAUAGCACGGGAACUCACGUUCACAGCACAUCCCCACCGGCAGGGCGCCGAUAUGGAUGUCCGACGGUACGUGAAGAUCAAGAAGAUUCCCGGGGGCGCACCGAAGGACUCCGAGUAUGUCGACGGGGCCGUUAUCGCCAAGAAUGUCGCGCAUAAGCAGAUGUCGCAGAACUUGCGGAACCCUCGCGUCAUGCUAGUCACGUUCCCCCUGGAAUUCCACCGUGUGGAAGGCCAGUACAUGCAUUUCGGCCAGAUCUUCCGACAGGAGAAGGAGUACCUGGGAAACCUUGCCAGCCGGAUUGCGGCCCUCCGACCGCAUGUCGUCCUUGCGGAGAAGUCUGUGUCUAGACUCGCUUUGGAUGCGCUUGCGAAGCGUCAGAUCGCGGUCGCGAGAGCGGUGAAGCCGUCGGCGGUGCAGUUCGUGGCCCGCAUGACGCAGGGCGAUGUCUUCUCCUCCAUGGACAAGCUGGCGUUGGAGCCGCGCCUUGGGCAUUGUGCUCGAUUCCGCCUGCAGACCUUCGAUCAUCCAUUAAUCCCCGGGCGCCGUAAGACAUACAUGCGCUUCGAGGGAUGCAAUAGCGAAAUGGGCUGUACCAUCCUGCUCCGUGGCGGCGACAUCGAGACUUUGCGCCGUGUCAAGAAGGUGACCCGGUUCCUCGCCUUCAUGGUCCGCAACCUGAAGCUGGAGACCCAUCUCUGGAAGGACUCCGUCAUUACCCUCCCCCCACUCACCGCAGAGGCUACACCCCCUACCUACUCCGCGGAUGCCACCACACCGAUCGCUGGCAACGGCUUCGCAGCCACGCAGAAUGCAUUCUUCGCUUCUGGCCACCUCCCAGCCUUUCUACACGAGGACCUUACGAGCUCCGCCAGGGACCACCACAUUGAGGAUCUCCCGGAUGAGGACGCCGACCAGAUACGACUCUCGCGACGCAUCCAAGAGUCCCUGGAACCGUACCGGAAGACCUUCAUCUCCGUGUCUGCCACCCUACGGUUCCCGCCUCCCUAUCCGAUUCGCAGGAUGAAAGAGCUGGAUGACGAACUCAUGCGUGUGAAGCGCGAAUGGGAGGAUGAGGUGAUACGUCGGGAGGAACGCGGCAAUGCCGCGCACAAGCCGGAGGAGUCUACGGCGACGAUACAGGUAUCGCUACCCACGCCAGACCCAGACGAUGUUGCUGCCCAAAUCGAGUGUCUUCCCCUACCGGAUCUUCCCCGAACCCCCACCAACGAAGACGGCACUCCCAUGCUUGACGAGCGGCCGGGUUACUUCGAUCUUCCACCCACUGCUUCCCCCGGUCUCUAUGCGCAGGGCUUGUCAGCCUCACCCCUCCCCCGUUUCCCGCUGGACAGGCCUACGGUGCAGCUGAAGACCGCAGAUGAUAUCAAGCUCGAAAGCCAGUAUCAGUAUGUGAAGUGGCAGCACUCAGAACAGCGCCGCAUAUGGGAGUGGUACCUACGGAAGAAUCGCGAUGACUUCCAGGUCGAGAAGUACCAGUGCAUCAGCCUCUGGGAGCUCACGCUCCCCAUGGAUGAGCUCGGGUCUCAACGCGCUUGCUUCCCGCCGAACCAAGAGUACCUCACAUUCUACGGCGAGAACGACUGCACGCUAGGCCAGUUCAUCGAGAACUCCGUCAUGGAUACGCUCAGACGGUUCCUGGACCCUAAGGCGAUCUGCGAAAACAAGAGCUGCAACCAGCCUCUCGCGCGCCACUGCAAACUCUACGUGCACAACGAGACCCGCUUGUGCGUCACCGUCGAGCAGUGGGACGGCCAAAUCAUCAACCACAUCAACCACCUGCCGUCCCCAGACACUAUCAUCACUUGGAGUGCUUGCCGCAAUUGCGGGUCAGCGACACCGUUCAUUCCUAUUUCUCCAGAGAUGCAGCGGUAUUCCUUCGCCAAGUUCCUGGAGUUGCACUUCUACCCCGCGGACGUGAACAUAGUGCAAGGCGCGGGAUGCGAGCAUAACAUCUACAGGGACCACGUCCGCUAUUUCGCGAUCAAGGGUAUGACGGUCCGCUUUGUCACGGACCCGAUUGUACUCCACGAGAUCGUAUACCCUCCCAUGCGCAUCCGCGUACGCCCAGAGACAAAACUCGAGAUCAAGAACACCGACUACGAGCGGCUGCACCACCGGAACAACAUGUGGUACUCCGCGCUCAUCGAUGACCUGAAGCUCAUCAACAUCGACGCGGCGACGGGCGAGGAGGAAACGGACGCACUGCUGACCUCGCAUAUCAACGCGCUCAUAAACAAGGCGGAGUGGGAGAAGGAGGACAUCGCCCGGCUCAUCGACAAGGUGUACAGAGAGUCUGCCCCCAUCGACACGCUCGCGCUCAACCAGGUGCGCGCGUAUCGUCAGGACAAGAUCGUUGCGUGGCAGCAGGACUUCGACAAGCUCCCGAAGCCCCGCUUCGCGCAGCCUGACAAGCUGAAUGGGCGUCGGACGGCCUUUGGCUCGGUGCGCGCCAUGCUGCCCAAGCGAGCGGACUUGUACGGGACGUGGGACCUUGACCGUUCCGCACCUGCGAGCGUGUCGGAGGCGGAGGAGCAUAUGCCGACGAUGCGGCGGGUGACGGGGGACUCGUUCACUUCAAUGUCGUCUGCAUCAGAGAUGUCCGAGACGGAGUCUCUUCCGGGGCCGAGCGAAGGGAAGGGCAAGGAGACGGAACUGGAGAAGUCGCCUGCGCAGGCGGAGGGUGAGUUGGCCGAGAAACCCACAGCCGUCGAGGGCGGGUUGCUCCCACCUGUCGAACUCUCCCUGGUUACUGUCCUUGAGUCGACGACGGGGUCGGAUCCCGGGAGCGACUCCACUAUCGAUGCCGGACCAGGAGACGGACCUAUGUCUGACGAUGCGACAUCCCCGCCUCAGACGCAACAGACGGAACAGCGCAAUGAAGAGAAUCGACCCGCGGCUUCCCGCCUCCCCCGCCGAGUUUCAGUCUAUCCCAGUGUCGCCGAGUUAGUGAAGAAGUAUCAGGACUACCUUCCCCCACAAGGAGUCGAGGACCUCACUAAGACUGCUCUCGCUCCCGGAGUACCCGUGUCCGAGAGCGAGCAGGAGAGUGCGCCUCUCAUCCGCCCGCGUGUUCGCACAAAGGCCCGCCAGCAGCAGUUCGUCACCAAGCGGUCGUCGGUCUCUGACUUCGAGUCCAGCUAUGCCGCUAACAUUGCUCCCAAGUACCUGACGAAGCGACCGCCCGGCCAACCAAGUACUCGCAUCCCUAUCGCAUCGUCCUCAGACUCACGAAACCCCUCGCGCCGGACGUCGCCCGAUAAGCGACCAUCCUUUUCGCGCAUGAGCACCAACUCUACACUGCGCCCUGGAAGGUCUUCUCCUCCCCCACCGGGCAAACCUGGACCCCCUGCACCAAGUUCCCGGCUUCGGAAUAAGCCGAGCCUUCGCCUAGGUCCCAAGGAUAUGAAGCUUCCACCUAGCCGGCCUCCCAGCGUGAUCAACGCGAAGUCGACGUUCAGGCGACCGCAGGGCGCUGGUAGCAAGGUCUCCAAUAUCGCGAAGCAUUUCGAGCGUAUAUCCAAGGAUACGGAACGUGCCAAUCGUCGGUACGCCGUUAUUCGAGGGAAGCGCGCUCGUCCAGUCGCGUCGGCACGCGCCAAGGUGGAGGUUCUCGAGAGUAUCAAGGAUGCGAUCAACGACGAGUCGGACAGCUCUGACUCUAGCGAGGCGGACGAUGAAGGAGGCGGAGACCACGAUGAUCACGCAGAGGAAAGCUUGCCCAAGAGUCCGCAAAAGCAGCCCGAGACCCUCCCCGCGCCGGACGUCACCGUUCAUCCUGCGUCGGACUCGGAGCAGCAGACAGCCAAACCGUCCGCGGACGUGACUCCUACCGGUCAAAGCGACGAGAGCGCUGCUGAGCAGCCUCCCACCGCUCCUCAGGAAAUCCCAGAAUAUAUCCCGCCCUCGGUUAUGAACUCCCCCAUGCUUUCCCCCACCACUCAGUAUGGCGCGUUGCCGAUGACCCCGCCUCCGACGGAUAUGGAUAUCGGACGACCUUCUAUCCUGAAGGCCCUCACAGGGCUCUGGCCUCAACAAGCACCGUCUCGCAGCCGAAUGGAUCCUGACUUCGAUGACCCGAUGGCUGACCCCGAGCACAUCUUCCGCGACUCCUCAAUGGUGGUUCGCACAGACGAGCCGACCUCUAUCAUCGCUCUAGCACUGAACUCCCCGCAAUAUCGAGACAUGCUGGCGAAGUCGCGUGCGGAGAAACGCUCAGCGCGCGAGCCCAAGCUCACAGAUGGCGGUGGCGAGGCGUUCAUGCCCGACGACUGGUCUGUCGCAGAGUCGUCGUCAACAUGGGGCGUAGUCAACGUCGACAGCUCUGACGCCGCCGACCCCACGGAGGAGCUCCGUGUGCCCUCGUCGAAGCUGCCGUGGCAGAUCUCCUUCGAGAGUGGCGGCCUGACAAUCAGCUGUACGGUGCUGUAUCCUGAACAGUUUGAUGCUCUGCGUCGGACAUAUGACUGCGAAAGGAGCAUCAUUGAGUCACUGGCGCGCUGUGUCAAGUUCGACGCUAGUGGUGGCAAAUCGGGCUCUGCUUUCUUAAAGACCCUUGACGACCGCUUCAUUGCCAAGGAGCUCUCGCGUGCCGAGCUGCAAUCCAUGGAGACGUUCGCACCGGCGUACUUCGACUACAUGUCAUCUGCCGUUGUCGCACAGAGACCCACUCUCCUAGCCAAGAUCUUCGGGUGUUACAAGAUCACAUUCCGAAAGUCACAUAAGCAUCAGCCCGGUAACAAAUCGAAGGUGACUCAAAUGAACCUCCUUGUUAUGGAGAACCUCUUCUACGACAAACACUUCUCCAAGAUCUAUGACCUGAAAGGAUCCACUCGGAACCGGCAUGUUCAGUCCACCGGUCGGGAGAACGAGGUCCUUCUGGAUGAGAACCUUGUCCAAUCGUCGCACCUGACACCCUUCUAUGUCCGCGAGCAUUCCAAGCGGAUCCUACGGGGAGCGCUGUUCAACGACAGCAGGUUUCUGGCUGAUCUCAACGUCAUGGACUACUCCCUGGUCGUUGGCGUCUCUAGUAGCAAGGAGGGCAAGGAUGGGAAGGACGUGAAGGACGAGCUCGUUGUUGGCAUCGUCGACUACAUCAGGACGUAUACUUGGGACAAGAAGCUGGAGAGUUGGGUGAAGGACACCGCGUUCCUGGGCGGGGCCAACAGGGGAGAGCCGACCAUCAUCGGUCCAAAACAAUAUCGACACCGUUUCUUGAGCGCCAUGGAACGCUACUUCCCCUUGGUCCCUGACCGGUGGAUGAAGCAACCUGAUGCCCCUGAAGAAGAGGGCAAUAGCCUCCUGGAUUUGUGGCCUGACUGGUGAUACCGCGGCUUCUUGGGACACUGUACCAUCACUGUAAUGUUAAUCUGACCGUGACUUGUAUACCUUCAUCUUCACACUCGCACUCGAACUUCUCAUGUCGCUACUUCGCUCACGUCCCGCAUUCCACACUCAUCUUCGUCACAUGUAAUGACAU